CGCACCACUCAUCAGUGCGCAUUCGCUCCGGUCUGCGAGCACCUCCACAUCUACAACACACUCCUGACUUUACCUUGGUAGCACGUUGUACAGUCUUUGGCAUGGCUCUUCAAAGCAAUAUUCUGCACUUGGCCCGCAAGAGUCUGCUCCAGGAGUCAUGCAAGCAGUUUUUCUUCCAAACCAACGGGCUGCACAAAUCCGUGGCGAGCAGCUCUCUGGAGAUCGCAGCGCACAGUGAGGCGGAUGUGGAGGAGGAGAACAUGGUGCGCCCCACCGCUGAGGAGCAGAAGGUGGAGAGAGGGAAGACCCUCCAUGAGAUGCCCGGACCCAGCGCUAUCGCGAACCUCACUGAGUUCUUCUACCGGGAUGGAUUCAGCCGCAUCCAUGAGAUCCAGUUGAAGCAUUCUCAGAAGUAUGGGAAGAUCUUCAAAUCUCGAUUUGGACCUCAGCUGGUGGUGUCAAUCGCUGACAGAGACAUGGUGGCACAUGUUCUCAGGUCUGAAGGUGUGACUCCUCAGAGAGGCAACAUGGAGUCCUGGAAGGAGUACAGAGAUAUGAGGGGAAGAUCCACUGGACUUAUCUCAGCCGAGGGUGAUGAAUGGCUGAAGAUGCGCAGUGUUCUGCGCCAGCUGGUUAUGCGGCCCAGAGACGUGACUGUUUUCUCCCCUGACGUCAACGCUGUGGUGGACGACCUGGUGGAGAGAGUGAAGACACUGCGUAGCCAGCAGGACGACAGACAGACUGUCCUUAACAUCAAUGACCUGUUCUUCAAAUAUGCCAUGGAAGGUGUUGCAACCAUUUUGUAUGAAACCCGCCUGGGCUGCUUGGAAAAUGAAAUUCCCAAGAUGAGUCAGGAGUACAUUGCUGCACUGCACCUCAUGUUCAGCUCUUUCAAGACCACCAUGUACGCCGGUGCCAUUCCCAAAUGGCUGCGCCCCAUCAUUCCCAAACCCUGGAAGGAAUUCUGCAGUUCAUGGGACGGCCUCUUCAAAUUCAGCCAGAUCCACGUGGACAAGAGGCUUUCAGAGAUCAAAAAGAAGAUGGUGAAGGGCGAAGAGAUUAAAGGGGGGUUGCUGACUCACAUGCUGGUUACCAGAGAGAUGAAUCUGGAGGAGAUCUACGCAAACAUGACAGAAAUGCUUCUGGCUGGGGUUGACACUACCUCUUUCACACUGUCGUGGAGCACAUACCUUCUGGCAAGACAUCCCAUAAUACAGCAGGAGAUUUUUGAGGAAGUAGACCGAGUGCUGGGUGGACGUGUCCCAACCGGAGAGGAUGUUGCUCAUUUGCCCCUUAUUAGAGGGCUUGUCAAAGAGACUCUCAGGAUUUUCCCUGUUCUUCCUGGAAAUGGACGCGUUACACAAGAUGAUCUGAUCAUCGGAGGUUAUUUUAUCCCUAAAGGGACUCAGCUUGCUCUGUGUCAUUACUCCACCUCUAUGGAUGAGGAGAACUUCCCCCGUCCCGGAGAGUUCUGCCCAGACCGCUGGAUUCGCAAGGAUGCCUCUGACCGUGUCGAUAACUUCGGCUCCAUCCCGUUUGGCUACGGCAUCCGCAGCUGCAUCGGGAGGAGAAUAGCCGAGCUUGAGAUGCAUCUGGCUCUCACACAGCUCCUGCAGAAGUUCCACAUUGAGGUGUCUGCCCAGACCACUGAUGUGCGUGCUAAGACUCAUGGCCUGCUCUGUCCGGGAGUACCCAUCAACCUUAGAUUUGUGGACCGAAAGUAAUCUGCUAUUACACUCUGUGUGAAUUUAAACCAUAAUCCAUACAAAGACUGUUAGCGUCGUUGUGUAUUAUAGUGCCUCUUCCAGCUUUUAUCCAGCGAAGAAUGUUGCUUUUGUUUAUGUGUGGAGUGCCUCUAAGAUUUUUUUAAUAGUUUGCUUGUGUGAAUGUUUAUAGCCAAUCAGAAGACCAAAUAUUUUGAACAGGCACUAUUUUAUAUAGUUGAAUCAAUGCGAAUUGCUUUGAGAAUUGCGUUUUAAAAAUGUUAUUAUAUUUUUCAUUUACAGAAUUCAUUUACAUCAUACUAGCAGUGUAAAUUCAGCCUUAAGAAUUAGCGUGAAAUAUGGUCAAGAAGGCCUUGUAUGUAGAUGUUUUACUAUUAAAUUAGCUUUAGUGCUAAGCUCAUUAUUUAUUUAACAUGGCACACUUAUAUAAGCUUAAUGACUUCUAGCUUACAAGCAGAAAAUUCCUAAAGCAAACGCGAGUGAGAAAAUCCUAUUACAACUACAAAGCUACUUUAGAAGAUUAAAACCCUGUCCUGUGGGCACUAAUAUUAACCUAAAUAUUGUGUAAAGAAAACAACACAGCAAUGUCCAUCUUGAUUUCAGUGUGGCUAUAAUUAUCUAAUUUGUUAUUCAAGAGUGAUUUUGUGUUGAUUUCACUAAAACUCUUUAGUGGAAAACAUUUUAAUGUGAAAUGCCUCUUUUUUUUUUUUAGUGCACUAGCCUUAUAGGCAACAGAUGGUUAAUGGGAAAUGGUGAAAAUGAACUUUUUUGGGGGUCAAAAUUAAUGUUGUUUCUGAGAGUUGUGAAAUUACUCAGUAAUGUAUUUGGAAGUGUUGGAUAUGUGGAAAUGUGUAAGUUACAGAAUUUUGUACGAAUAAAUUACCCUUUGAAGA